AUGAGCUCCGGCAUCCCACCAUGGCGUGUUGCGGCUUCAGCCACCGCUACCACCUCAAUUCACUCUGGUCAUGUGGCCCCAGCUUAUAUCCCAGUGCAAGCACGCCGUAGUAUCGCGCCCACAAAAGCCACCAACCCUGUUCCUUCUUCUACACCCCCGACGACGUCUGCCGAUGCCGCCACCCGCAAAAAAGUAGAAUUUCCAGAAGCCGUCCGCAAAUAUGUGCAACGCAGCUUUGCGCCCGAAAACCGCCUUCCCACGGUCGACCGGAGUGAGAUGGAGGCGAAACUCAAGUCGGUCAUCACGGAGGCAGCAGAGGGUAAUAUGCUCGAUAAGAUCGACUGGGAAACCCUGCCUCUGCCGCAGGUCAUGGUUCAAAACGACCGCAACAUGGUGCUCGCCAGCCCAGGUGUCUCGACUUGGGCCACAUUUGGGACACAUUCGCCGAAGAAGUCCAGCACUCCAUUGGUUGACCUAUCGAAGAAGAGGAAAUCGGUGGAGUACCACGGAGACGCGAGCAGCUGUCCACCAUGGAGACAAACUAACAACCAGAAUGCCUUUGAAGACCGAGUCACUUAUCCUUCCACAGACAAGCGGCAGAAGAUGGACAGUAAGAACCCAAGUAAGUCAAAAGCUAAUCUGGAGAUGCGGAGGAAACGUUUCGAGGACGCACAAGGACGACAUGGAUCUUCACCCUCUUCCCGCGGUGCAUCACCCACCCCCAAUGCAAACCAAGGCCCUGUUGUCGGAAGGUGCCAGGAGCUCGAGAAGAAUUACUUCCGCCUGACUUCUGCACCGAAUCCGGAUACCGUUCGUCCCUUGCCGGUCUUGAUGAAAACAUUAGACCUACUGAAGAAGAAAUGGAAAAAGGACAACAACUAUGGCUAUAUCUGUGAUCAGUUCAAAUCCCUCCGUCAAGAUUUGACUGUACAGCAUAUCAGGAACGAAUUCACUGUCAGCGUCUAUGAAAUCCAUGCCCGAAUUGCCCUAGAGAAAGGUGACCUUGGUGAGUAUAAUCAGUGCCAGACUCAACUACGAGCGUUGUAUGCACAGCAACUUGGCGGUCAUCCUACGGAGUUCAAGGCCUAUCGUAUCCUCUAUUUCAUCCAUACCCGCAACUGGACGGCCAUGAACGAUGCCUUGGCCGAUCUAACUGCAGCAGACAAACGGGAUCUUGCUGUGAAACAUGCGUUGGAUGUCCGUUCCGCUCUUGCUCUUGGGAACUAUCACCGUUUCUUCCAGCUUUAUCUCGACACCCCGAAUAUGGGGGCUUAUCUAAUGGAUAUGUUCGUGGAUCGUGAGCGACUUUCUGCACUUGCAGCAAUUUGUAAAGCGUACAAACCUGAUGUAAACAUCCGUUUCAUUACUGAAGAACUUGGUUUCGAGUCCGACGAGCAGAGCGCCCGCUUCAUUUUGGACCAUACUUCGGAGGACCUCCUCCAAGAGAAAGAUGGCGUGGUGAGACUGCUUACGGGUGGCAGGGCCGGCCAACUGUUCGAAGGAGCCAAGGCCGAGGCCCACCGAAUUGUCGAUAUCAAGGGACAGAUCUAA